AUGUUGUCUUUCAGCUUCUUGCAAAGCUGGCACAAAGCAUUGGCCUGCACCACCACUGUCCCAGAUUGGGUUCUAAAGCAAGCGAGGUUCAGAAACGGCGUGGACUUGUGGGAGCUGUUAAUGACCAAUUGUUCGCAGGUGGGCAGGCUUGCUUUUGUUUGCUCCUUGUCGGUGUUCAUUCCAACUCAGGCCAUUGCGACGGGUCGGCGACCAACAGGUUCACUGCACUUCGUUCAUUGCGUGCUCCUAAAGGACCUCAAGCUGUCAGAGGUCGAGGAUGGUAUCCCUCAAUCUCCAUGCACGUCACUCGAGAUAGUAUCACAUUCAUGGGUUAUCAGUGGAUGUCGACAAUGUAUCGACAUUUCGGCGCGCGUCCUCAGGCAACAUCUGUGUCUAUCUCAUCAAAACAUCCAGCGCUUCUCUAGGCUUACCGAUGCUGCUCCGCACCCGCCAUCCCAAACCACCCUAUCACGUCCCUUUGUGCGCCAGCUCAAACCCUCACAGAUCGUACUGUCUUCCAUGAUCAUGCCUCAACUCCGGAGCGGGCAUUCGCGCAAUGGCGUAGCAACGAGGAUCCCGAAUAGCACCUUCGAGCUGUCCUGGCCCGGGCAGGACGAGGUGUCGAUCUUAGUCAAGAAGAUGCAAACACUAACGACGAAAUCAAGCCGAUCAAGCGAGCUGAACAGACUCCACCACAAGGAACAGCUUGAACAACAUGAUGUUGAAGAGAUUCGUCAGGAAGAGCCGGAUUGUUGGGCCGUGGCAACGCGGCUGAUGUCCUUCGCGGAUGGCGAGCUACCGCAGGACGUCGAGCAGUCCCUGGUGUAGGACGAUGAGUCCCUAGAUGUCGACAAUGGAUCAACAUUUCGCCGCGUUCUCUGAGUCUGAGACCGUAUGCAUGGGCACCUUCGAGCCGUUCGGGCCCCAAAAGGACGAGCUGUCGAAUCUCAGCGCGAAAACGCAUCCGCUGACGACGAAAAUGAAGCCGACGAAAACACCGCCUUCCUGGUGCUCGUUAUUGGAUUUGCCCUAGAGAGUUCCGCGACAUGCGGUCUGGGCAAUCCGAUCUGCAUGAACCGUGACAAACGUGUAUAGACGCGCGAAGACUAGAUCAACGGAGGGUCUCAGGCACAGUGAAGAGGAUCUCGUUGAACAUACAGAAUACAUGGAUUGUAGGCUAAAUCGAUGGAAAAUGACACCCUCUGUGAUGUUCCUCCCACUCCGGGUAACUGACGAGCGGGACAUACUCGGCAGGAAUGUCUUCGGGAAGAAGUCGCUUCUUCAUGUAUCCCCAGAUCCCUUCAGCAUUAUCCCGGUGUUCUUGCCACUGAUUGUCCGUCUGAACCUCGGACACAGCCGUGUCCAGGACGCGCAAUGCAUCGACAUUGGUCAUCCACCCGUUGUACUCAUUGACGGCCAAGGCAAGCACCCAGUAGAGCUCAUUCACACCCACAAGGCAGUCCUUUGGAUAUUUGCGGAUGAAUGCAGAGGCGGCGUUGGCGAAUCGACGUUGCAGUCUGAUCGGGAUCACCGAACGAAUGCGGGUGAAUGCGUAUACCAAUUUGUUAGUGACUGCGCGGUGUACUACCGAGUUGAGCGUCUCAAAGUCCAAGUCGCGCUCCGUUUGAUCCGGACUCCGGGCGGUACAGUGCUCGAGGAAAGUGGUAAAAACGCCCACACGGUCCACGGACACAGUCGUGAACUUGCUGUGCCGAUGCACGCUCCAUUCGUUCAUCGUUGUCAAGGCCGAGCACGGCACGGAACCAGUCCUCGUCGUCGAAGAUACUCGGCAAUCGCUCCCAUUUCGACGAAUCCUGCCGCAAACUUUUGAGCACGACAGACUGGACGAUGAUAGCCAAACGGUGCGUGCGAAUGUCGGUUGCUUCCUGCAGAGUGCGGAGGACCAAAAGAUGGGUAUCAAAGUCUUUUGGUGGUACAUCAGACCCGAGCCAAUUCUGAUAAAUAAGCUGGAGGGCGUCGACACUGGCCUGGGGAUUUGAUCGGAACUCGAAGCAGUCGCAUAGACGGAGGGACAGGAAUCGGGUAUAAUGAUACUUUGGAGCGGCCUGUGAAUGAUGCUUUGAGUCAAAUUCCGGGUCAGAGACGGCAAGAGACGGAUGUCGAACAAGGAACGGCCCAAGACCCGGCAGCGACCGAACGGAAUAAUUGGAUGUCUGGGCAAACGGGCUGAUCAUCAGACGAGCAGCAAAGACGACGCUGUCCGCUGUCUCGUCCACUGUCUUGUCCCACACAGAACUGAUUAGCUUUUCGAGAGCAAUAUACAGAGUCGAGUAGCCAUCCGCUUCCGUAAAUCGCAUUUGUGACCGAUAAAAGAGUGAAUUGGUCGCAUCCCGUUGGAAGCUGGCGGAGCAUUUGGAAAGUGCCAGCAGAUAUUGCGUGUACGUGCGAUGCAUGUCCGUUUGCCGCUGCUCUUCGGCUUCGGUGCGAAUAUCACCGUCGUAGUCGCUCAACGCCCGCUCCUGACUCCGAGACUCGAUCAUGUUCAGACGGAUCAGAGCGGAGACGCCAGGGAGCAUGCUCUGCACUUCGUCGGACUGAAGAAAGUUCGUACCGAAUAGUGCGUUGUCCACGUCGACUUCUCCGAUCGGACUUUGCAGAGGCAAUCCCGUGUGAAGAGAGAACGCGCAGAUGGCCCAGAUGGCACGGAGCACGGAGAGCUGACGGCGGAGGCGGACUUUUUCCUCAAGCAGAUUGCUGUUGGAGCCAGCCAUAAAAUCAGCAAGACGCUGGCAGAGAUGGACUUCCCGAUCCUGCAACAGGGACUGGAAGAGUGCCUGAUACACACCGCGAGGCUUGUUUUGAUCGAAAUCCCAUAGCGUCUGGGGGAUCCCCUUGACAAGUUUCUCAAGCUCCUCAUCGUCAGAGAGAGACCGGAAGACCCACGCGAGUGCGUGUGUCUCUGUGUCGACGGCGGGAUGCAGUGCUGCUGAUUUCAAGGCGUCCACCAUGCUCUGGGACUGCGGACGAGUGUCGGCAGGGGCAGGACGCUUGGCAGAGGCCUCGGAGUUCGUCACAGGAGAUUCCGCGGGUUUCUCGGGGUCUGUCACAGUGAUUCGCUUUCGGGUGAAGGCCUUGCAAACAGCCACUGCCCUCCAUAUAUAAGCCCUCAGUACGCUUCCCAAACUUCGAUUCAGCGACCACAAGAUCCGUGUGAGCGGUGUCUGAUACGGACAGUCGAAGAAGAAGAGUGGGAGGGAGGAGAACGCUCCGUAGACGGAGACAAACAGGAGCAGAAGAGCGGAAGAGAUGCACAUGAUGAUGAUGUUGACGGGCACGAGAAAGGCAACUAGGCCUGCAAAGAACAGGAGUAGUGCCCCGUGCAAGAGAAGCGGGGGAACGCCGACAACGGCGUGCAUAUCGAAACGCCGUAAGCCGUAGUAGAGAUACAUGUACACACGCGCGCGGACAGAGGGGGAAGAGAACAUGGUUGUCCGGUGCUGGUACUCUUGGGCCCACUGCUUGACCAGAGUCGCAACAAGGGCACUUGACAAGCUCAGUGUAAGACUGGUGAACCAAAGCGCGUUGCAGACAAGAGAGGAGGCUGGGGGCAAGAACGCAGCAGGGGGAGGAAGUACGUCCUUCACGGCUGUGCCGUUAUUCAUGUUCGCAAGCUGAUGCGAUAUCUGGCUGAGGAGUGCAACAGUCUGACUGAGCAGCACAACGGUCUGGCCACCCGGGUCCACAUUCAGCGUCUUGUAGCUUUCGAUAAUGAAUCCGGUGACGACUCCCGAGAAGAGACCGGCCUAAUAAGUCAGAUUCAGAGAGGGACCAGAAUUCA